CUGUCAUCCAAAAUAAUUGUAGUGCGUUUCCAAGCAAGCUACACGCACGCACGUACUCAGUUCCUCGCACCAUAUAAAUGCCACCCUCAUCUUUUGCAACUCUCAUCACACCAUUGAAUCUAUUACAUACUCCCUAAUUAAGCCUAGACACAAUUCACUCUUGUUCUAAGCUAGCUACACUAGUAGAACUAACUAACUUGAGAUUAUUAUAAUUAAUUAUGAAUCACUUGGCGUUUGCAUUCGGCCUUCUAGGCAACAUUGUGUCAUUCAUGGUGUUCCUAGCACCAGUUCCAACGUUUUACAAGAUAUACAAGAAGAAAUCAUCAGAAGGAUACCAAUCAGUGCCGUAUGUUGUGGGGCUGUUCAGUGCAAUGCUGUGGAUUUACUAUGCUUUCCUCAUGCCCGACACCACCCUUCUCAUCACCAUCAACUCCGUGGGCUGCUUUGGCCAGACUCUAUACAUCAUCUUCUACCUCCUAUAUGCCACCAAAAAGGACAGGUUUGACACACUUAAAUCUAUUCUCGUCCUCAAUGUUUGUGGGUACGGGUUAAUCGUUCUGCUCACUCAAUUUGUGGUCAAAGAAGCCGCAAGCCGAGCCCAUAUUGUGGGCUGGAUUUGUCUGGUCUUCUCCUUAUGUGUCUUCGUUGCACCAUUGUGCGUUGUGCGGCAAGUGAUCAAGACCAAAAGCGUGGAGUAUAUGCCAUUUCUCCUCUCCUUCUUCCUCACUAUCAGCGCCGUUAUGUGGUUUUUCUUUGGUCUACUUCGCAAGGACUACAAUAUUGCUAUUCCCAACGUAUUGGGGUUCAGCUUCGGCGUCAUCCAAAUGGUGCUAUACAUGAUGUACAGGAAUGGUGGGAAGAAGAAAACUCCCGGGGAAAAUAAUCUUCCGGUGGGCCAGAGCACCGGCGGCAGUGACAAAUUGGCGGAGGAGAGGUUUCCGGCGGAGCUGAGAGAGCAGAUCAUAGAUAUUGUGAAAUUAAGCACCUUCAUGGCGCUCUCUGAAAUUAAGUCGGCUGUCACAAACCCUGCUGUCCCUGCUGCAUUGGACUCUUCAACUUGAUUAAACAAAGAGUACGAACAAGUUCUCGUGCAUGCAUGCAAGCAAUGCGUGCUUCUUUAAUUUCACUUACUGCACUUUCUUUCUCCUUUUGUACUGCGUACGUUAAUUUCCACCUACUAUCCCUUCAAUUGCAAUUGGUCAUUAAUAUGUAUUCAAGUUAAUUAAGUUCUAUCCCUUUAAUUUAUUUAUCGAAUUUAAUAUGAGUGAAAUACUAAUAAUGCUCUUUUCAUCUA